AUGAGUUCACCAGCACAAGGGGGACCGUCGAUCCCAAAGGAGAAGGACAAGAAGGGGCUUGGAAAGUCUCUGGCGGCCAAGAAGCCCGAUGAUCCCAAUGCCAUCAGGGUUCCUAGGUCUCAGCUCUUUGCUGAGAGGGCGAAGAAGCUCGGCGAGCUGUAUGGUUUGGAGCUGAAGCCCAGCGAAUGGCACUCGACUGAAGGACACGCCCUGCGUGUCGAGAAGCCGAUCAAGAUGCGCGUGCACAGGAGAUGCCAUCUGUGCAACACCUCUUUCGGACUCGGAAAGGAAUGCCCCAAGUGCAAGCACCCUCGCUGCAAGACUUGCCCACGCGUUCCUCCCAAGAGGACCGAGGCCGAGAGGGAGGAAAGCCGCAAGAAGCGCGCGGCUCUCAUCAAGGAGCGCGAGGCGAACGCCCCCAUCAUCCCCGAUUGGGACACGACAGCUAAGAAGGUCGUUCUCAAGAGACCUGCGAAGACGGGAGGACAGGAUCGCAUCUACCAGAAGCAGAGGCAGCGCAUCAGGAGAACCUGCUGUCAAUGCCAGAAACUGAUCCCUGGCGGUACCAAGACGUGCGAGUGUUGCCAACACACUCGCUGUACCGAUUGCCCUCGUGACCCAGCCAAAAAGGACAAAUAUCCGUUUGGUUACCCAGGUGACGCCCCUGGUACCAAGGUCGGUCAUUACACGUGCCUGGACUGCAAGCACAACUUUUCUGAAGAGCCUUCGGACGACAAAGUUUGUCCCAAGUGUUCAUGCAGAAAAACGGAGCGCUUGACACCGCGGAAGGUCCAACCAGAACCAGAUCCAGAGGUGGUUAAAAGCCUGGCGGCCAGACUGGAGAACAUUGGGAUCUCUUGA